GUGGUGUGCAUUUGUUGAAUUAUUUUUACCAAACAAGUUGGACAAACUUUGCUGAUUGUUCGUUAUUGUGAAAUUGUGUAAACUGUGCGUUUUUUCUUCUCUAAGUGUGCGUUUGUUUGAAAUGACUUAAGUAUGUUUUGAUAAUCAAAGUGACUGAGUUAAUUAACCUACAAACAACACAUUGUUGGGAGCAGCCAUGAUUGUGGUUGUACUGAAAGCGUUUGAAUUAUUAUUCAAAUUUCUGCGCGAGAAUAGACCAGAAAUUAUUUAUUUCAGCAAGAAUUAUCUUCUGGUUAAUAAACCAUAUGAUCUACUCAUCAAUAGCAAUAAUAAAAAUCAGUAUACAAUUCAAACUUAUUUGCGGAGGAAAGUGCCAGAGCACAUUAACAACAAACUUUACCACGAUUUCUAUUUCGUGCACCGCUUGGAUUACGCCACCAGCGGCAUUUUGUGCAUACCAUUAAACAAAAAUGCUUGCAAAAUUACGUUCAGUCUGUUCCAACUCCGGCAGAUCAGGAAAUAUUAUUUGGCCAUAGUGCGGGGUGUUAUUUCGCAAGAGCUGCUUUUCAUCAAUCUGGCCAUAGGCGAGAACUGCAUAGACACGGCAGCGCAGAAAAUGUGCACGAACGAUCGUAGCUACUGUGUGAAGGCAAAGGAUGCGAUGACUGUCCUUCUUGUCCUUGAAACUGGACUCUACGAUAGCUACCCUUGCACGAAGGUCCUCGUGAAGCCUAUCACAGGUAGGAGACACCAGAUACGCGUGCAUUGCUCUGCUCUUGGUCACACCAUCGUUGGCGACUACACCUACAGCAACAAAAAGGACACUAAGCCACAUAGGAUGUUUCUGCACUCGCAUAGAUUGAAAUUACCGAAUGUCGAAGAGGACAUCGACGUGCAAACAAAAGAUCCGUUCAGAGGGCUGAAGAACUGGAUACGCUUGGAAAGCAUCAACGAGCUGGACGAUGGUGCUUAUAAUAAAAUUGAUGAGUUUGUAAAAUAUUAGGAAGGAUGUGGCGGGGGAGAGGCGAUAUAAGGCGGUCCAGAAUAGAUGUUGGGAAUAGUUGGUGUGCAGUCGAGUCUAGAGACAAGUUAACAGAAUGUCGUUGUCAUUAAGGAGUUUGGUGGUGGCAUUGUUGUUCUGCGCGUUUGCAACCGCCGCUGCGGAAGUUCAACUGCUUAACGGAAUUACUAACCAAGAUUCCAAGGAUCUCUCCGUUACGGAAAAUGCUGCAAUUUCCUUCGUUCGGAAUAGAUUCGAAAGGAGUACCGAGUACCUUGGUCCUCUUCUGCAGACUCUUGCCGAGGCCUACGAGAAGUACGAGGAUCAGGAUCCAAAAAAAAAGUCCAAAGUCUUCAGCUCUUUCAUAAGGUCGCGGUCUUCGUACAGAUGACUCCCGUCGUUGUCCACAUAGCGAAGCUAUUUCUCUUCACCAUCAAUUCCAUCAGCCAGAUGUACUCUCAAGUCCAGCUGUUCCUCAACCUGUUCUACAGAUUUUGAACUGUAAUAGAGACAAUAAAUAUUUGAUCGCCGAA